UCGACGACAUGUGCGUGACCAGCCCAUGAUUCACCGUAUAUCGUAUGAUUAUCGUCGAUAAGAGUGGAAAAAUACGGGGCUAUUUUCUACCGAGAUUCUUCGCCAUGUGAAAAGCCACCGAUAAGAGACGAUUAUAGAGAAUUCUAGGGAUGGACUAGCCUGACACCUUCUUUAAAAGCCACGUAUCUCUCCUCACCUUUGUUAUAUUUGUAUUUGGAAUGCUUCCUUCGUGAGACAUUAACGAGAAACGACUAAUUUUAUUGUCCAGUCUGUUUUAACUCUUAGAUGUAUUUAUAGGUGACACAGUGUGUGCUUUCGAUUAAGAAGCUGCAUUGAAAAAUUGGGUGAAUAAAUAUAUUAUCGAUUGAUGAGAAUAAAUGAUUGGUUUAGAAUAUCAGCGAUCUCGAUUUGACUAACGUGAAAAUGUAUAAAUUGAUCGCUAGUGAAAUAAAAAUUGAAUGAAAAUUAUAGAUUAUUAAGGAAAUUAUUCGAAGAAAAUUGUUUUGAAAGGAUUACAUCGAAAGGUGGAUCGAGCGUCGGUUACAUGAGGUUAGAUAAGUUUAGGUGAAGGAUCGGUUGACGCAGUGCACGAACGUAGUCGAGACUGGUGGCACUGUUCCGGGAGCACCGGCAGCGGGAUCAUGAAGAGCAGGACGGACAGCAUGCACGAUGCAACGAGGACCGCCUCGAGAUCGAUUCGAAGACCGUGGGAUCAGCUUGAUUACUAUAACGGAAAGCGGAUAGUGACGUGGAUGCCUGUCGCGCGAUUUACUCGGGCUUGAUUUCUAUCUGGCUUUAGUUUCAAUCGGAAAACAAUUGUCUAUCGAGGUUUAUUGUCGCUCAAUUAGAAACGCUACUAUUUAGAAGCUUGGAAACGAAGAUUCAAAGAUUUGAGAAUAAGAUUGGGAUUGAGUUUAAGAACGUAUUAAUAAUUAGGAAAUUAAGAAAGGAAAAUAAGUCCGAUUUAUAUUAAAUUAAACGAGAGGAAAAUGAACGUAGAAUAUGAGCUAAGGGUUUGGAAUUAAGAUUAGUCAACGAUUGACUAUAAACGACGCUCUUUACUGAAGGUUCUUGUAAGUUUAGAGCGAAGAUUUUGAGAGGUGUACAUAAAGUACUCUGGCAGUGCAUUACGAAAUCAAGAGCGAAAGAAGCGAGUUGUGAUUUGAAAACGAUCAUCGAUGUCUGACUAAAAACGAUCCUUACUGAGAGAUUUUCUCAAGAUUAUGGUUUGAAAAUUAGUCAACCAACGUCUGACUAAAAACAUAAUAAUUAUUAACAUUAUUAACAUAAACAUUAGAAAGUUUGAACAGCCACAAGAUAGUUUCAUAAUUGUGUGUUACGAAACCAAAAAUGGAGGAAAGUAAACUUGACCUCUGAUUUACUUCAACCAGAAUUCGAAAACGGGUGUCGAUAGAUGCCUAUUUUAAAACGAUAUUUCUCGCGAGUUUGAAACGAAGCUCGAAAGGUUUGAGAUAAUUGGGAAAUAUAUAAGGAAGACAAGAAAUAAGCAUCUUUAUCUCUGAUAGACUUACUCCAACUGAAAUUCAAAAAUGGUUAUCUAUUGAUGUUUAAUUUAAAAAUCAUACUUUUUACAAGUUUAAAACAAAGUUUGGAUUUGAAGUAGUUUGAAAGCAUAUUAUUACUAACUACUAAAGAGAGGAAUAAACAAGUUUAAUUUCCAAUUUAACUUAACAAGCCUCCAUCGACGUUUGACUAGAAAAGAUACAAUCUACUAAGUGUUUGUAUAAGUUUGAAGUGAAGAUCUAAAGAUUUAGGCAGCCACAAGACGUCUGAGAACGGAGUAAGUCCCAUUUCCAAUUUGCCUAAACUACGAUUCGACAACGAGCAUCGAUCAAUGUCUCACUAAAAAGGGCCCCUCUACUAAUGAACCUUAGAAGGUUUGAGCCGUCCACAAUAAUAUCUGUUACGAAAUCAAAGUAUAAAAGAAGUAAGUUUUCACAGAAAAAUUGUAAUCUAAGAACGCUGGAUUGAAAAUUCAAGGAUAAAAGCCUCAAAAAACGUACUACUUGUAACUGAAGAUAGUUGUCCAGCUAGAAAUCACUGGAUCACUUGGAUACUUCAUAGUAUCCAAGUAUUUUGAAUAUUCGGGAGAAAGGUUAAAUUCCCAUUGGAAAAUAAAGAUUAUUCGUGGUCUAAUCAAAAACACUACUUUACAUUAAAAUUUUUCAUACAGAAUAAAAAGUUUUGUUCUACAAUAACUUUUAAAAUAUCAAGAAGAAAGAAACGUACUUUUUAGAAGAAAGAAGCAAACUACUUUUUAGAAGUAAUGAAAUCAAAUUAAGAAUCACAUUUUCCGCCAAAUUUUUUGAAAAAUGGAUCUUAAAUUUUCUAUAUGUUAUCAUGAAUUUGUCACAAAACUAAAAAUUCCGGAACAAGAUCGGGAUUCUAAAUAUUAAUAUAAAAGUAACAAUAAAAAUUAAAAAUCAAGCAAUGUCCGAUUAAAAGGAAUCUUUUCUACUGAAUCCUCGUUAAUUCUCGUAUUCUGAAUAUCAACGAAACUAAAGAAGAGGGAAGACAUCGACUCGAAAUUAACUUUGGAAGAUCGUUACGUCGAUUCUUCGCUAAGUUAUUAUUAAGGAUCGAAGAAAACGGCCGGAUGCACAAACGAUUAAUUCUCGGCCCAGUGAAGAUCCAGGGAUGCAGCAAAAACCAACGGUGCAUACUUAAAGGACGUCGUUGAAGAGGACAAACUGUUAAAGAGACGUCGGCGUAGCCUUGUCGAUCUCUUUCACAGUAUAAUAAUAAUAUCAACGUACAUCAAUUAAACACAACAAAAAAUUAGCAUUUCGACUAUCUACAAUAAUUUUAUCAAAGCUCCACGUUGAUCAAACAAAGGCGUUCUUCGAUGAAAUAUAAAUGUUAUAUAAGGAAGAUAUUAUAUCGGAGAUAGAAUUUUUUUAAACUUUUGUCGAAGAAGGAAGUAAGGAUUUGAGAAGAAAAUUGUUGAUUAGGCACCGGCUUGGUGUCUCUGGGACUCGCAGCACGGUCCGAAGAGCCCGUAAAGUUUAACAAAGCGAAGGGGUUACAAUGCGAAGUGUCCUCUCACCUCGUUCUCCCGAGAACUCCGCACGUUAAAGCCUUGCAGCGCAGCUAUACCAUCGUGCUCAAUGCUAAUUAAUUCAGACGUAAGAUGAUAUGGAGUCUGAAGACGAGGUGGACGAAGAGCUGCCGGAGGUGAAACACACAGAGGUGGACCGGAAUGAUAACUUAAAGAAGUUCGAGACAAUGAAAAUUUCAACGAAACCAAUGUCCUCGAAGACGGCAGAGUGUCACCUGGUAUGCUCGGUGAAUCCCGAGCAACUGGAACCACCCGUUGUUCCCUGCAAUGAUCCUGAUAAGACGAAGGCGCAGGAAGAAUCAAAAUUACCUUUAAGCACCAACAUCAAGACUGAUACGAAGGACAGCGAAAUUGUCCUGAAGGAUAGGAUAUGCAGGAGCAAAAGGAUCACCUGCCAAGAUACGAUACACGAGUACGACGAGGACGAUAGUCUCACUAUGGAAAAAGUUGGCAGGUACCUUGAGGCGCAUCCGGACGCGGCGGAGGCCUGGUUUCGCGAGAACGCGAGCCUCGAGCUUCGUCAACGACUUCAGGGUAUGACAGUGGUUCAAACCAAAUCACCACUGAAGAACGUACACCAACAGGAGAACCUUCUGAGUCGAAGCAAACGGAACAGUGUCACCUCUGACCUGUUCCAGAGUUGGCUGGCCUCCAGUUCACCGGCGAAACGCAGUAGAAGUCCCAGCAGGACUUACACCUCGUUGGUAGGACGAAGAGAAGAGCUCAACAGAUUAGAUGAGAGCGAUUUGUUCAUGGAGUUGAUCAGAGAUGUAGCGAAUGAGUUGGAUAUCAACGUUCUUUGCCAUAAGAUCCUUGUGAACGUCGGCCUGCUCACGCAUGCUGACCGUGGAAGCCUUUUUCUGGCUAAAGGACCUCUGGAAGAUAGAUAUUUAGUUGCAAAAUUGUUCGAUGUAACGCAAGACACUGAAUUGGAGGAAGCCAUUCAAAGGGCGAAGAACGAAGAGAUUAAGAUUCCUUUUGGAGUUGGAAUUGCUGGCUAUGUAGCUCAAACUAAGGAAAUCAUCAACAUCAAGGAUGCUUACAAGGAUCCAAGGUUCAAUAGUUCCAUCGAUAUGAGAACGGGUUACAAAACAACAUUGAUUUUAUCUAUGCCUAUCUGCAAUUACGAGGGAGACGUGAUUGGUGUUGCACAGAUUAUAAACAAGACUAAUGGUAGUAAUGAAUUUACCGAUAGAGAUGUGGAGGUGUUCCAAAGGUACCUAACAUUUUGCGGAAUCGGAAUACAAAACGCACAGCUUUUCGAGUUAUCGGUGCAAGAGUAUCGAAGAAAUCAGAUUCUGCUGAAUCUUGCUAGAAACAUAUUCGAAGAACAGAAUAAUCUGGAAUGUUUGGUCACGAAAAUAAUGACCGAAGCGAAGGAACUUCUAAAAUGUGAAAGAUGUGCCGUGUAUCUUCUAGAUCUUGACUGCGGCGAGGCAGGACACCUCGAAAAGAUCGUCGAACGACCGGGAAAGUCGACGCAAGAGUGCCGGAAACCGCUGUCGAGGAGAGAGAGUAACAACAUCGAGAUGGAGGAUAUUUUCCAACAACACGCAUUGAACGAUGCAAAUAAAUUUACUACAAUUUUCGAGAUGGACAACGAGACUCAGGAAGCUAAAGUCUACAGACCUAGCGGAAGCGAUCUAUCGAAUCCUCUAGGUCAGAUCGCAAGAUACGUCGCUGCUACUGGUCAGAUCUUGAAUAUUGGAGACGUGACCACAUGGCUGAAAAAGGGCGUUGUUGUUCAAGCUGGUAGUGGACCCAUCAAGAGUAUCCUUUGUAUGCCAAUAGUUAAUGGACAGAGAACUGUGAUUGGCGUUGCUCAAUUAAUCAACAAGGACAACGGAACAUCCUUCACGGACUCGGACGUAUCGAUCUUCGAGGCGUUCGCCAUUUUCUGCGGCCUCGGAAUCCACAAUACCCAAAUGUACGAAUCAGCGUGUAAGCUGAUGGCCAAGCAGAAAGUAGCUCUUGAAUGUCUGAGCUACCAUGCGACAGCCAGCAAUGACGACACAUUGAAAUUAACUUCUGAACCGAUACCGUCCGCGGAAUGCUAUAAUUUGUACAGUUUCACUUUCAUUGACUUCGAUUUGACCGACGAAGAUACCUGUAGAGCUACAAUUAGAAUGUUCAAGCAAUGCGACCUCAUCCAAAAAUUUCAUAUCCCCUACGAGGUUCUCUGCAGAUGGGUUCUUAGUGUCAAGAAAAAUUAUAGACCAGUCAAGUACCAUAAUUGGAGGCAUGCACUAAACGUCGCCCAGACGAUGUUCGCCAUGCUGAAAACCGGCAAGAUGGAGCAGUUCAUGACAGACCUUGAAAUUCUUGGACUCCUAGUCGCUUGUUUGUGUCACGACUUAGACCAUCGAGGAACCAAUAACGCGUUUCAAAUGAAGACAGAAUCGCCAUUGGCUAUUCUUUAUUCAACAAGUACUAUGGAACAUCAUCAUUUCGAUCAAUGUGUCAUGAUCUUGAAUUCGGACAGCAAUAACAUCUUUCAGAGUCUGUCUAUGGAAGAUUAUAGGAAGGUGAUGAAGGUGGUUGAAAGUGCGAUACUUUCUACUGAUUUGGCUGUUUAUUUUAAGAAGAAAAAUAAAUUCAUGGAGCUGAUCGAUGAGGGAGAAUUCGAUUGGCAGAGUGAAGAGAAGAAAGAACUGCUAUGUGGAAUGAUGAUGACGGCAUGCGACGUGAGCGCCAUAGCAAAGCCUUGGGAAGUACAACACCGCGUAGCCAAGCUAGUCGCUGAUGAAUUCUUCGACCAGGGUGAUCUAGAACGUCUUCAAUUAAAUCAACAACCAGUGGCCAUGAUGGAUCGUGAAAGAAAGGACGAACUUCCCCAAAUGCAAGUUGGUUUCAUCGACGUAAUAUGUCUGCCUUUAUACAAGGUUCUCUCAGACACUUUUCCAUGGAUUAUGCCUCUCUAUGAAGGCACCAUGGAAAAUAGGCAACAUUGGCAAGACCUGGCUGAAAAAGUCGAGAUGGGUUUGACCUGGAUUGAUCGUGACACCAUUGACGAACCUGUAGAAGAAUUCAUUUCUUAUGAACCCAAGGACAUCGAGUUCACUGUCACAACCUUGAACUGUGCUCACGUAGACAGAAAAGAAGUUGCAGAAAAAUCCACGUUAGGAAGAUUCGCUUCUUUAAGAAAAGGAGGUCGAACAUUAACCAAAGGAGUUAGACAUCGAAUCAGUCGAUCACUUUAUGCUAGAAGCACUCCUGAAGAUGCUGCAAGAUCGAAAGCUUUGAUACCUGACAGAAAGAGUCGGAACAAAUUAUGUUUGCUCAUUUGACGGCUUACGUCCACUACUCUUGAGAGCAUACCGGAAUGACGAAAGAAAAAUAGAAAGAUUUUACGAAAAAUUUAAAAUUUUCUUAAGAUUAGCUCUGAUGGACGUUGAUACUGUCUACUGGCUAAUUUAUACUAGCUUGCAACUAGUUAUUUACGAAGAAAUAAAGAUUACCUUGAGCUCUUGAUGUUCAUAGAAGAUUUUGAAGAAUCAUGGUAAUCAAGAUUGUUAAUAGAAUUAUGGAGAUAACAGAAGAUUAAUGGAGAGUAAUUCAUUGAGAAUGAAGAACUAAAUUCUAGAGAAUAUAAUGACUGUAUAGUGAAGCAAGAAAGAAAAGUUCAUAGAAGGUUUUAGAAAAUUGUGGUAAUCGAAAUUGUUAACAGAACGACGAAAUCAUUCGUUAAAUAAUGGACGACUGUAAAAAUGAAACUUCUAAAUGACUAUAUAGCGAAGAUACGAAGCAAUGAAUGUUUAGAAAAAUCAAAAACUAUCAAAAUAACAUGGAAUUGAGAUUUCCUUGAACGAAGAAAAUAUUUAAGAUCACAGAGUCAAAGCUAAAAAUGGGAGCUUGCAGAUUUCAUUCCAAGACUGUCGAGUCUUUAGGUGGGAAGUUAGACGAAUAGUCGAUGGCUAGGUAGUUAGACUGGUGAUGAGUUAGACAACCUUCAUCGACUUUUACCAUUCAGAAAAAGAAACGUGAUGUAGUCGACGAUGGUACGAAUUCAAUUUUGACAAUCUUUUUUGUAUUACAUCUCGAUACCUUAUUAGGAUAAUUCCAGAGAUAUAGAAUCGAUGAAAAAUGGAAGAAUGGAUCUCGCGAUUUAUAAAAUAGAAAAGAAAAGAAUAGUUGGAAGAUGGGCAUUUUUAUAUAUCAAUGGAAAGGAGACGAAAAAUACAGAAAAAAUAAUGGGAAAUAUGUACCCAAAUGAUAGGCAUUUUUAUAUUCCAAAGAAAACGGGGAAAAAUAGAGAAAAUUGUAAAAGAAAAAAUGAAAGCAACAAAAUGUUGAAGUCUCGAUGCAUUCUCGACACAUUGCAUUUCGAUUCCACGCGUUUCUAAGAUAGCGCCGAGAAUCAAUCAGCGAUAAAGAUAUGUACAAGGCAAAUUGAUGCUUACGAAUCGAAUUAACGAUUCAAUUACGUCAUUCAACCACACCAAAAAUUGCGUCUAUGACGCAGGAAAUAAAUACGCGAUCUCGCAUUCUGCGAUUCAAGGAUGUGACUCGCAAUCUUAUUUUUGUAUUUUUCUCUUUUUUUCUUCUUCUUCCUUUAUACAUAUCUUUCCUGUUGUCAAUAACUUAUCAUCAAUCCAAGUAUCUUUCCUAUUUUCUGUUGUUUUAAUUAAUAUUCAGAAGCCAGGAAAAAGCUCAAAAAGAAUUCGAUGAGUCUUUUGUUUCAUUAAACUAUUAAGUAUUUAUGAUUGAUUCGUAUGAAAUCCUUGUCAGAGAUGGUGUUGUGCAAAAUAGAUAUUUUCUUGAUGAAACAAAAAGACACAAGCGUGAUACAAGCCUGGCCGAUCCGUGCUAAUAGUACGUACAAGUAUCAAUUAAUUAUUCAGGAUCGUUCGAAUACGGUGUUUAAAAAAAAAAAAAAUGCAAAUAUGUGAAUACAGCGACAAGAGUGAGACUGGUUUCUAGUCUUUUGAUAUAGCCACUGUGUACGAACAUGCCUGUCAGAGACUAUCGCACACGACUAAAUAAAAUCUGAAUGUGCUCAAA